UAACUACGUGCCUAAAGUGUCAGAGGGUUCUACCCGGGACUAGCCUGGGGGUGAACUGUAUUUUACUUAAUGACCUGUUAUUUGAACAGUUAUUGGUAGCCUACCAACUCUCUCGAUUGUUACCAUACUAUUUUUUUUUUUUUUGCAAUACGUCGAACGUAGCUCACAAACCAUAGCCUACUUCUAUUUGAUGAAGUAAACUCAAGCCUGACAGAUAAGGAGAUGUUCCUUAUCUGUAUGCGGCUCACGAAACGAAGGUGUGCACGCGCCACAUAGCACCAGCACCCUCAGUGCGUCUCGGACAGAGGUGAGCUACAGAGGGACAUCACAUGAUGAGUUAAAUGGGCAUUUGAUUGCAUUCCGCUUCAGCAAUAACUGAUCACCAAAAGGAGUAAUGGAGCAGAGCACCAUGUAGACAGAGGCAGACUGAGGCCAAUGAGAAUGGGACAGUGCACAUGGAGUGGUGCAGGUCUGCAGCCGUGUUGAAUGAAGGUUCCCAGGAGCAGCUCAUCCGGCGCUCUCUCUCUCUCUCUCUCUCUCUCUCUCUCUCUCUCUCUCUCGCCUUCCCGGAGUCUUGCGCCGCUCGCCGCCCUCUGAAAGCGCCUGCCGGCUGCCCAUACCAACGCCUCUUCCACACAGUGGACUAGAUUUUUUUUCUCUCCCCCUUUUUCUCUCUCUCUUUCUAGCUGCCUCCUUCUACAGAUUCUCUGUCCUUUUCUCUCCUUAGAGCUUCUCUCUCUUUUCCUCUCUCCCUCCCUCUCCCUCUCUCUCUCUCUUUCUCUCUCCUUGCAUUCUCCCGAGUGAUUAGACACAUUCAAAUCUACCAGCCACGCUGCCUGGUGGCGGCCCGCUUUGUUGGUCCUUGUCUCCCCCCGUGAUUUUUUUAUUGACGAUUCUCUUCAGCUCUGCAUCGAGCGACACCAAGCAAUACUCGCCACUAUGGGGGACAUGACCAACAGUGAUUUUUACACCAAGAACCAAAGCAAUGAGGACAACCAUGCCGGGGGCUUUGGGAUCUCGCUCAUGGAGCUGCGCGCCCUUAUGGAGAUGCGAGGCACGGAAGCCGUGGUCAAAAUCCAAGAGGACUAUGGGGGCACGGAGGGACUCUGCCAGAGGCUCAACACAUCGCCGACAGAGGGUCUGGCAGGAGAUGCAACUGACUUAGACAAGAGAAAAGAAGUCUAUGGUCUAAAUCUUAUACCUCCAAAGAAGCCAAAAACGUUCUUACAGUUAGUAUGGGAAGCCCUUCAAGAUGUGACCCUCAUCAUCCUGGAAAUCGCUGCCUUGAUCUCACUGGGGCUGUCCUUCUACCAGCCCCCGGGGGAGGGGAGUGAGGUGUGUGGGGCAGCGGCCGCGGGCGCUGAGGAUGAGGGGGAGGCAGAGGCCGGCUGGAUAGAGGGUGCCGCCAUCUUGCUCUCAGUGGCGUGCGUGGUGAUCGUCACCGCCUUCAACGACUGGAGUAAAGAGAAGCAGUUCCGUGGACUACAGAGUCGCAUCGAGCAGGAACAGAAGUUCCAGGUGGUGCGUGGGAGCCAGGUCAUCCAACUGCCUGUCGCUGACAUUCUGGUGGGGGACAUCGCCCAAAUCAAGUAUGGUGAUCUGCUUCCUGCCGAUGGCGUUUUGAUACAGGGCAACGACCUAAAGAUUGAUGAGAGUUCUCUGACGGGCGAAUCAGACCAUGUGAAGAAAAAUGCGGAUAAAGAUCCCAUGCUUCUAUCCGGCACUCACGUGAUGGAGGGCUCCGGGAGGAUGGUGGUGACUGCGGUCGGAGUCAACUCCCAGACCGGGAUCAUCUUCACCUUGUUGGGGGCCGGUGAAGGGGAGGAGGAGAAGAAGGAGAAGAAAGGUCAGCCAAUGGAAGAUGGCCAGCAGCUCACAGACUGCUCCUCCCACCCCUCCUCCCACCCCAUCGCAACUAUAGCCACCGAUGGUGCUGCAGGUCCAAAUGCCAGCCUAGUCAAUGGUAAAAUGCAGGAUGGAAAUACGGAGAACAACCAGACAAAAGUGAAGAAGCAAGAUGGAGCCGCUGCCAUGGAGAUGCAGCCCCUCAAGAGUGCGGAGGGAGGAGAGACCGACGAGAAGGAGAAGAAGAAACCCAACGUCUCCAAGAAAGAGAAAUCCGUCCUGCAAGGAAAGCUGACUAAGCUGGCUGUUCAGAUUGGAAAAGCCGGUCUGGUGAUGUCUGCCAUUACUGUCAUCAUCUUGGUGCUAUACUUUGCCGUCGACAACUUUGUUCUUCAAGAGAGAGUGUGGAUGACGGAGUGCACUCCCAUCUAUAUUCAGUAUUUUGUGAAGUUCUUCAUCAUCGGUGUGACAGUGUUGGUAGUAGCUGUUCCCGAGGGUCUUCCCCUGGCUGUCACCAUCUCCUUGGCCUACUCAGUCAAGAAAAUGAUGAAGGACAACAACUUGGUGCGGCACUUGGAUGCUUGUGAAACCAUGGGUAACGCCACCGCCAUCUGCUCCGACAAGACUGGCACCCUGACCACCAACCGCAUGACUGUGGUGCAGUGCUAUGUGGGAGACGUCCAUUACAAAGAGAUCCCCGACCCCGGCGCCCUCAGUGCAAAGACGCUGGACACCCUCGUCAACUCCAUCUCCAUCAACAGCGCCUACACCUCCAAGAUUCUGCCCCCUGACAAGGAAGGAGGUCUCCCCAAACAAGUUGGCAACAAAACCGAAUGUGGAUUGUUGGGCUUGAUCCUGGAACUCAAACGAGACUACCAAACUAUCCGUAACCAGAUCCCAGAGGAGAAGCUCUACAAGGUGUACACAUUUAAUUCUGUCAGAAAGUCCAUGAGCACUGUGAUCAAGCUCCCAGACGGCAGCUUCCGCAUGUACAGCAAGGGGGCGUCUGAGAUCGUGCUCAAGAAGUGCUCUCGUAUCAUGAGUGAUGUUGGAGAGGCUCGGGUGUUCCGACCUCGGGAUCGGGAUGAAAUGGUGAAGAAGGUGAUUGAGCCCAUGGCCUGUGAUGGGCUGAGGACCAUCUGUGUGGCGUACCGUGACUUCCCUGCUGAUCCCGAACCGAACUGGGAGGAUGAGAACAACAUUCUGAGCGACCUGACAGCAAUCUGCGUAGUUGGCAUUGAAGAUCCUGUUCGGCCUGAGGUGCCUGAUGCCAUCCUGAGGUGCCAGCGUGCCGGGAUCACCGUGCGUAUGGUUACCGGCGACAACAUCAACACAGCUCGCGCCAUUGCAAUCAAGUGUGGAAUCAUCCAGCCUGGUGAGGACUUCCUCUGCAUUGACGGAAAGGAGUUCAACAGGAGGAUCCGCAACGAGAAGGGAGAGGUGGAGCAGGAACGCAUUGAUAAGGUGUGGCCCAAACUGCGAGUGCUGGCCAGGUCCUCCCCCACUGACAAACACACACUGGUCAAAGGAAUCAUUGACAGCACAAUCGGACAGAGACAGGUUGUCGCAGUAACAGGUGACGGGACCAAUGAUGGGCCUGCUCUUAAGAAGGCGGAUGUGGGCUUUGCUAUGGGCAUCGCUGGCACGGAUGUGGCCAAGGAGGCCUCAGACAUCAUCCUGACAGACGACAACUUCAGCAGCAUUGUGAAGGCAGUGAUGUGGGGGCGUAAUGUCUAUGACAGCAUCUCCAAGUUCUUGCAGUUCCAGCUGACUGUCAAUGUGGUGGCGGUGAUUGUGGCCUUCACAGGGGCGUGCAUCACCCAGGACUCUCCCCUGAAGGCCGUACAGAUGCUGUGGGUGAACCUGAUCAUGGACACAUUCGCCUCCCUCGCCCUGGCCACAGAGCCCCCCACCGAGUCCCUCCUCAUGAGGAAGCCCUACGGCAGGGACAAGGCCCUCAUCUCCAGCACCAUGACCAAGAACAUCCUGGGCCACGGGAUCUAUCAGCUCGUCAUUAUCUUCACUCUGCUCUUUGCGGGUGAACAGAUCUUUGACAUUGACAGUGGCCGCCACGCCCCUCUGCACUCCCCUCCAUCUGAGCACUACACAAUCAUCUUCAACACCUUCGUCAUGAUGCAACUCUUCAAUGAAAUAAAUGCCCGUAAGAUCCACGGCGAGAGGAAUGUGUUUGAUGGCAUCUUCAGAAACCCUAUCUUCUGCUCCAUCGUAUUUGGAACCUUUGCCAUCCAGAUUGUGAUUGUGCAGUUUGGAGGAAAGCCUUUCAGCUGCUCCCCACUGGACCUGGAGAAGUGGAUGUGGUGUGUCUUUCUAGGGCUGGGAGAACUGGUCUGGGGUCAGGUGAUCUCCACCAUCCCUAACAGUAAGCUGAGGUUCCUGAGAGACGCAGGGCGGCUGACCCGGAAGGACGAGAUGCCCGAGGACGACCAGCACGAGGACCAAGAGGAGAUUGACCACGCCGAGAGGGAGCUGCGCCGCGGGCAGAUUCUCUGGUUCCGUGGACUGAAUCGCAUCCAGACACAAAUCGAAGUAGUGAACACAUUCAAGAGCGGGACUUCCUUUCAGGGUGCUCUGAGGCGGCAGUCCUCCACCACCAGCCAGAAUCAGGAUAUCCGUGUCGUGAAUGCGUUUCGUAGCUCUCUCUACGAAGGCUUGGAAAAACCAGAAUCCAGAUCCUCCAUUCACAAUUUCAUGACCCACCCAGAGUUUAGAAUAGAAGACUCCACUCCCAACAUCCCACUCAUAGAUGACACAGACGUCGACGACGAGGCCAGGAAGAACUUGGCCAGUCAGCCCACCUCACCCAACAAGAACAACAAUGCCAUUGACAGUGGCAUAAACCUCACCACCGACACAAGUAAAUCGGCUGCCUCCUCCAGUCCAGGAAGCCCCCUCCAUAGUUUGGAAACAUCCCUUUAGCCCUUAUCUCUUGGGAAAAAAAAGAUUUAUUAUGGGGGAAAAAGUAAUAAACUCUACAGUGUCAAGCAUAACAAAGCCAACACAACAUGUGUAAGGCACCUGCGCUACAGACUGGACAAGUGUUCUGAACCAUUUUUUAGUUAUGUUUUUUUUCCUCUCUUUCUUGGUGGCAAUGUUAUGAGACACAGCUAUGGCGGAACUUGAACAGUAUCAGAUUCAAACUGACCACUCUUUUUUUUUGCUGUCAACACAGUGACUGUAAUAAUAAUAUUUUAAAAGCCAGUUGACUUCAACUAUUAUAAUUCCUCCUGCAUGAAUGUACAUUACCCAAGUUUUUAUUUAAAAUAGUUGAAAAUUUCAUUUGAACUCUAUGAUUUUGAUUUGGUGGGAAGUGCCGUGGACUGCUAUUUUAAGACAGAUUAUCCAAUUCACUGGUCUGUGAGUUUCUUGUGUGGCAUGUACCUAACUGUAUAGAUUUAUUUCAUUAAAUAAAGUGUAUCAAGGUUGCAGGGCUCAACUUGCACAGUAGUUUUGCACCUGUUGGAAAAGAGGAACCCAUGAAAAAUAGCAUUUAUUAAAAUAUAAUAUAUAAAACUAUAUAUACAUAUAUGUAUAAACAUAUACAUAUGUAUACAUAUAUGUAUUAUAUAUAUAUCUACAUAUACAGAGUUUAUCUUUGUUUGUUGGCAUGUUGCCUUGUUUCUGCUUAAAUGGCUCUAAACUACUUUAACUUAUUUAUGUCCUAAAGAGAAUGUAAUUUGUUUACAAAACCCGUAGAUGCGUCCUGGUUUAUUUGUAGGGUUCAAAUCCAUACAGCAGAUGUAGUGAGAACAGAUCAAGAUGUUGAGUACUCCUGUAAUAUUGGACUCUAGGUGUUUUAUUACAAACUGUGUGCUGGACUAUGCCUGCUAUUUUGUCAGAUAUUGUAGAUAUUUUUAGAGGAUAACAAAAGAAACCAAACUAUAGUGGGAUAUAUAAUUCAUGUGGCAUCUUAGUAUUACAUGAUUGUUGGGAUCGAGUAUGAGUGAUUCCCUCUGUUCCCAACCACAGAUCUUAAGAUGAAGUUGUUGUUUUUUUUUUAUUUUUUUGAUUAUUAAUCUAUUUUUUUAAUGCUUGAAUGAACUUGAGGUCAAUCUCAAAAAGUGAGCGGGCCAUUCAGGUUGAAUUAAAUGAACUAUCUACUCGGCAACUACUGCUUGUUUUAACGAAAAAUGUUUUCAAUUAUGUGUGACCCUUCAAAGGAUGCGAUGGAUUUUUUUUUUUUUAUGUUAGAAACAAAUGGAAACUAAGUUAUAUUUGGCUUUUCUGUAUGGAAAUCAAAACAUUGUGUUGAAAUCUUGUUAUAUAUUGUGCUGAUUCUUUUUUUUUAAAAACUUUUUUUCAUUUUUUUUCUUUUAAAGAAAGAACCCAGCACAAGAGCUGAUGACAUUUUAAACAACUGAAAAAAUAACAAAA